UAUGUAUAAAUCUUUUGUUGUUGACACUAUCACUACUCUUUACUUUUAAUUAAAGUAACUUAUGAUGUACUACAAUUAUUUUACUAUAAAAUAACAUACUUUUUAUUUUUUUUAAAUAAAUAAUGACUUAUAUAUAUAAAUUAUAUAUUUAAUUGUGAGUAAGACGAUGAGAUGACAUUUUGCUCGAUAAAAUUACCAUAACCUCAUCGUAUUAUUUUUAUAUAUUUUUUUCGACAAAGACAAUUUGCUGUUUUAGAUUAGCAAGACGGAGAGUUAAUAUCUGAGAUAUUAUAUUGUUAAUUUAUUAAUUAACAAUGGAUAGUUUAUUUAUGCAAAAUACAUCUGAGGAACUUGAUGAUAUACCACAGACACAAGACCCAGUUUGGAUACUUGGAAAAAAAUAUAAUGCUAUAAAAGAACUGGAGACAAUAAGAAGAGAUAUAAGAUCUAAAUUAUGGUUCACAUAUCGUAAAGGUUUUAUACCUAUUGGAGGAAAUAGUUCAGCAUUUACGUCAGAUAAAGGAUGGGGAUGUAUGCUGAGAUGUGGACAAAUGGUUUUAGCACAAGCAUUAGUUGCACUUCAUUUAGGACGUGAUUGGCAAUGGACACCGGAAACUAAAGACAGUACAUAUUUAAAAAUUUUAAGCCGAUUUGAAGACAGAAGAGCUGCACCAUUUUCUAUACAUCAAAUAGCACUGAUGGGAGCUACUGAAGGCAAAGAAGUUGGCCAGUGGUUUGGUCCAAAUACUAUAGCACAAGUAUUAAAAAAGCUAGUUGUCUACGACGACUGGAGUUCAAUAACUAUUCAUGUGGCACUUGACAACACGUUAAUUGUUAAUGAUGUUUUAAGACAAUGCAGAGUUGAAGGAGGACUGACUGCUGUUGAAGUUGACGGUGAGGAAUCUCUGAAGGCACCUAGUCAGUGGAAACCUUUGCUACUUUUGAUACCGCUGCGAUUAGGUCUAAGUGAUAUAAAUCCAGUAUACAUUAAUGGCCUUAAAACGUCUUUUAAAUUACCGCAGUCUCUUGGAGUUAUAGGAGGAAAACCAAAUCUUGCGUUGUAUUUUAUCGGCUGUGUUGAUGACCAUGUAAUUUACUUGGAUCCUCACACGACCCAAAGAUACGGUUGUGUAAACCAAAAAAUAGAUGAAAAUGAUAACGAAAUGGAUCUCACGUACCAUUGCAAAGCUGCUAGUCGGAUUCCGAUAACAGGAAUGGAUCCUUCAGUAGCACUUUGUUUUUUCUGUGCUACGGAAAAAGAUUUCAAAUCAUUAUGUAGAUCAAUGCAAAGUGAACUUAUUACUCCUGAAAAACAGCCGCUGUUUGAACUUUGCGCUGAACGUCCAGCACAUUGGUCACCAGUUGAUGACGUUGCUACUGAAGCAUUAGGAAUAACAUCCUCGAAUCUUUUAGAUUUUGAAAAAUUAGAUCGACAAUACGACACAUCGGAUGAAGAGUUCGAACUUCUUGGUUAAAUAAAUUUUAAAUUAUAAUUAAUAAUCAAAUCGAUUCUUUUUUUAUUGAUAAUACCUCGUAAAAGAUUUUUGAAAUU